AUGAAGGUUAAGCCAAAAUUAAAAAAUCAUAUAUAGAAUAGGAAGGAAUAAAAACAAUAUAAGCCGAAGUAUUUUACAAUCCAGUUUAAGUAAAAACUUCAAAAAAAUGAAUAAAAAUAAAAUAAAAAAGGUGUUUAAUAGAGAUUUAACAGUAUUAAUAAUACAUAUGUAUACAUAAAUGCUGAAGGAAAAACGUAAAAAAAAAGAGAUUUUUAAAAUAAAAAAAAUAAUAAUAAAGAGGGAUAAAAUUUUGAAGGAAUUAAUAUAUUAGAUGCAUUGUCAGCAAGUGGAUUAAGAACAAUAAGAUUUUUAAAAGAAUUAAAAAAUAUAAAUAAAAUAUAUGCAAAUGAUAUAUCAGAUGCAAGUCAUAAAUUAAUGAUGGAGAAUUUUAUUUUAAAUGAAUUAGAUUUAUCAAAAAUAGAAAUGACUUAAAAAGAUGCUAUAUAAUUAUUAUAUGAACAUAGAUUUAGAUUAAAUAAAGGUGAUUUAUCUGCUAAAUUACAUGUAAUUGAUUUAGAUCCGUAUGGAACAGCAGUUCCUUUUUUAGAUUGUGCAUUAUAAGCUGCUUGUUUUGAUACAUUAUUAUGUGUAACUUCUACAGAUUCACGUAUUUUAUGUGGAUAAGAUACAUAAAAAUGUUAUUAUUUAUACGGAAGCUCAAGGGCUAAAAUGUAGGCUUUUUAAGAAAAUGCUAUUAGAAUAUUAUUAUAUACAUUAAAUAACACUGCAAAUAAAUAUUCGAAACAUAUAGUUCCAUUAAUUUGUUACUUAAGUGAAUUUUACGUCAGAUGUUUUAUUUUAGUCAAAAACGGUAAACAAGAAUGUGGAAAAUCCAUAUUGAAAACUGGAAACAUAUUUAAUUGUGAUAAUUGUGGUAAUUUUUAUACCUAACCUUUUGGAAAAAGCCUAAAAAACGAGAAACUGGAAAGAUUUGCUCCCACAAAUUUAAAUAUUCCAUCAAAUAAAUGCGACUAAUGUGGAAAUAAUUUCACUAUAAAUGGACCUGUUUGGAUAGAUAAAUUAAAUGAUGAAGAUUUUGUUAAUAAAACAAUUUAAUUUUUAAAUUAAUAAUAAUGUUAAUUAAAACUUUAAACUAAAGAAAAAAUUAAUGGCAUGCUUCAUGCUAUUACUUUAGAAUAAUAAAUUUAAUUAGACUAAAUUCCUUAUGGCUUUUCAAUUGAACAUAUUUCUAAAUAUUUAAAAACUACUAUCCCUAGUAAGAAAAAAAUAUAUUCAGCAUAUAUGAGUCUUGGGUAUAAUAUUGAAUAAUCUUAUUUAAAUCCAAUUAUAUUUAAAACUAACGCUUCGUCUGAAAUUGUAUUCGAUAUUAUGAGGAAUUGGGUAUUUUUUGAAUUUUUAUAAAUUUAUAUCAAAUAGUUUAUAUUUUAUUUUAUUUUUGAAAAAAAAGAAAAAUAUAUAAUAAAAAGAACUAAUCCUAAUUUUGAUUUGAACAUUAAGAUUGAUAAAGCUAUUCCGAAAUGGAUUCCGAAUCCUGAAAAAAAUUGGGGACCUGGUAAAAGAGCUAUUGCAAAAAAAAUAAUAGAUGAUGGAAUUUAAGAAGAAAAAGUAGAUUAAUUAUUAAUUGAAAAUUAAGAUAUUUUGUAUGAUAAAUUAUAAAAAAAGAAUAAAUAAGAUUGA